AGAAGGUUUAUAAGUCGAGUGUAAUGGAAAAAGAAUAUAAUAAAGCCUUUGAAGACAUAAAACGUCAUUUUAAUCGUGAUAUACAUACAUCCGCUGAACAAGAACAAGCAUAUUUGAAGACAAAUAUGUGAAACGGAAGUGAAUGAGAAGAACCGUGAGAAAGAAUCGUGGCACUUCUCUCAUAUCUGUCGCAGAAAAAGUUAUUGUUCCUGAAAUAAAAAAUAUAUGUCGUUUAAUAAUUGAUUAAAUUUUAAUUUAAAAAGAUAUGCAUUUAAAUCAAGAUAAUUAUACGAUUUAUCAAAGUUCUUUAACGAUUAACGAUAAAUUAUUGCAGUAAUUACAGAUAACUAAUCCAGUCUCAGGAUUAACUAAUAUCUAAGAGAAAAAGCGCACACAUAAAUUACAAAUUAAUAAAAACUGCCUAUUCACUUCGAAUACAUGGAUUUCCAAAGCGUAAAUCCUCUGAACGUUCGAUUAAAUCUGAUCUCAGGCAAUCUCUUACCGAUGACUGCUGAUGGCACGGUGUUUUCUACAUUCUGGAAAAUACACAGCGUUUUCGUAUGGUUGCUCACAGCAGUUCACACAAGUGUCCUAAUCUACGGAUGCACUUUAGUCCCGAGGGAGAAAGCUUUAAAAGACGGCUCGGUCGCUUUGGUAAUCACCGUAGAGGUGAUCUUUAUGGUCAUGCAGAUUCACGCACGGAAGCGACUGGUAUUACAGUUGAUCAAGAAAAUGAACGAGAUUUUAUGCUUGAAAAACGAGAUGAUAAAGGACAUCGUAAUUGCGCUCUUGAAAUCGAUGAAGAUUCCCCUGAAGUUUUAUUGGAUGGCAGGCGUUGUAUCUAUAAUAGUGUGGUGUAGCGCACCGUUUGUAGUAAUUUUGGAGAGAAAUUAUUUUUUUUAUGUAGAUUACAGAAUGCCAGUUUUCUACGCGGAGGAACCAUUCUCCAUAAGCAUCUUUGUCCUGGGAACCCUCAUCCUAAUGGUCAGUAGCAUGUAUACCUUCACGAAGAAGGUCAGCGUGGACAGCUAUAUGAUACAUAUGAUACUGCUGGUAACGGCACAAUACAAAUACAUCGCGUCCAAGCUCUCGAUGAUAUUUCAAGAUGGAAUACACAACAAUGGUCCUAAAGAGCGUUAUUCUAACGUUGAUUGUUACACGGAAAAGGAGAUUAAAUCGUUAUGUCAGCAUCACAAUUUAACCCUUCAGAUAAUAUUAUUGCUAAAAACUCUUCUGUCUUUAAACUUAAGUCUGAUAUAUGUGAAUAGUGUUUUUCGGUUCUGCUUUAUUGGUGUUAUGAUAUUAUCAAUAUCAUCGACAACUUUGCUGGAAACAUCAAUGAUCAUCAUAUACGCGUCCGGCGCAAUAGUGCAACUGUACAUAUUGUGUUCUUGUGUGCAGCAGUUAUUAGAUGCUGGUAUCGAAAUAACGGAUAAAGCAUUUCAUGAAGAAUGGUAUCGAUAUGGAAAAUCGAUAAAACAUAUGUUUGUGAUACUUAUAAUGGCUAAUAACUUAGAUUGCAAACUAUCAACAUUCGACAAUCUUAAUCUCUCUUUGUCCUCAUUUAUGCAAAUUUUAAAUUCAUCGUAUUCUAUCGCUAUUUUACUUUCGAAAACUACUUGAGAAGGACAAUGCUGUGCACGUUUCAGACACAAGGAUUAGAUCAAAUCAAAAUGAAAAACAUACUAGUAUAAUAUGUAGAUUUUACUGUGUGGUAGAACAGAGUAAAAUAUAAAAAUUCUGUCCGUUUAUGGCAAUGCAAGAAAUCUUGUAGCGUAUAUUCUAUUAUAUCUUAUAUUUUAAAUAGCAAUUAACACAGAAAGAGGGAAUUGCAAGAUAAAAGCUCACCCUAAAAUAAUCGAUCUUUGAUCCAUGAACGCAUAAUAUGAAGCUGCCGCAUAAUAAUUUAUAAAACAUAAUACGUGUAUUCCGAGCAUCGUGUAAUCUACCGCAGGAUUCACAGUUUUUUAUCGAUGUUAAACACAGCAAGUAUAACAUCCGACUAUGACUUCUCUGGACAUUGCGGUAAUGCAACAGUCGGCGACACUAUAAGAAAAUGACUGCUACACAGUUCAAUGCUAAUUACAAGAGAUAUCAAAAACGUAUCAUAUCGUAUUCAUUCCGCUACAUGAUCGAAUAAGGUCUUUCAAAGAAACGUUGUGAUCUUUAUUUACGAUUUUCAUUUCCCUACAAUUUCUUUUCAUUAUUACAUACCGAGAAAUCCGACGUUGCCAAUGAUACUUUGUGAUAUAGUCACAUAAAAAUUAUAACAGCGAAUGCAAUAAAUGUGGAGUAUUGUUCAUCAUAAAAAUAGAUCAUAAAAGUAGAGUAUUGUUCAUCAUCGAAUAAUAUAUUUAGUAAUGGAGAGAGAAACGCAAACUCAAAAGGAAUACUUUUAAUUCUAAAAAAAACACUGCGUAUUAUACGUGUAGCAUAAGCAUAUAUGACAUGAUAGAAAUUUGAAACAAAGGUAAAUAUAGACAUGUAAAAGUCUAUAUGUUCUUUUGCACUAAACACGUGUCAUAAAGUAAUAAUAAUUAAUAAAGCUUUUCCUAAUUAC